AUGCCGGCGAACAAGACGGCCAAUGCCCAGUGCGGCAACCCGCUGUUUCUCAGGUGGAUCAGAGAGCUCCAGGAGGAGGUGGGCAGGACGAAUGCGGGCUCCAAGCUAGUCUUUGUCUAUCGCAAGGCCGCCAAUUCGAUGCAGUCCUAUCCUGUCAAUCUCAACGACCGCCCUGGAGACUGCAUCAAGCUGGCACACAUCGGAAAGCAUAUUGCGGACAAGAUCACAGCCAGGUGGACCGAAUUCCUUGAGAAUGGCGGAGAUCCAUCCGAGAACAUGCCCAAGACAGGGGUAUCGGCUGCCAAAUCCUCUGGAACGUGCUCUGGUCGAGCUGAUCGAGGCCCCGCCGCUGGCCUCGACAGCCACGAUCGAGAUCACGACAUCGGCAGCUUCGUCGAUACAUCGGCAAACAGCAGAGCUGCAUCUUCGGCGUCGAUACGGGUGGCAACAAGCUCCUCAAGCGUCCCGGCUGCUGUAUGCGGCCGUGUCGAGCUGGAGCUGAUCGAGCCUGGCCGUGCUGAAACGACUGACCCCCAGCAAGCGAAAACGAAAGCAAACGGAUACGUCCCAAAACACCGGGGAGCCGCAUACGCUAUCCUUAUGGUGCUCUACCAGCAUCCGAACGGAGGCCUCGGCAAGAAUGAAAUCAUCGCAAAGGCCGCCGAGCACACCGAUACCCCAAUGCGGGCAGCCUCGUCCGACUCGAGCGCUUACAGUGGAUGGAGCAGCAUGUCGACGCUCAAGCGCAAGGGCUUGCACGCUCUUGCUCCGGUCGCCAUCCAAAUCACCGAUCCGAACACGACCGUCACCUCGUCAGCGACCUCCUUCAGUCUGGAAAGUCACUCCCAAGAACUCGGACUCGACUAUUUGCUUGAGACGAUCCAUCCGACCAAAGCGAAGCGGCCGCACGACUCGGGCGACGAUAUCGAUCGACUCGGGGCCACUACGGCAGCGGAAUAUCAAGGCAAGAAACAAAGAGCAGACCCUGCAUCGAAAAAUGGAAGUCGGGAUCAGCCCUUCGAGACCACCAGUUCGUUCUCGGACCGCUUUCCGGCUAUGCUGCCAACAAGUCAGCUCGGUAUUCUCGACCUGCUCUCGGACUACCGUAGCGCCCCAAUUAGAUUCCGAGGCGGGACGUUCGAUAUCCACCUAGUCCUGGAUUCGCGCGAGAUGGGGCUGAAAUACGAUCGGGACGGCAUGGAGCUGGCUCUGAAACGCAAUGGUGUCCAAGUCUGCCGUCGCGCUCUCGUUUUGGGCGAUGUGCUGUGGAUCGCCAGACGCAAAUCGCACUCGAAUGUGCCCAACCCCAAAGACGAGCCGCACGAUGAAGAGAUUGUCCUGAACUACAUUGUUGAACGCAAAACCAUGAGCGAUCUUGUCUCGAGCAUCAUCGAUAGCAGAUAUAGCGAACAAAAGGUUUGCUUCUCGCAGCUGAGCAACGGCGAGCCUGACCCGGCCUUUGAAUGUGCCGCUGACUGGACAAGCCAGCCCUAUUUCCGACUGCACUCAUGCUGUAUCGACCAUGUCACGUACUUGAUCGAGGAUGUCAACUCGCACGAGGCCAAGAGUUUUGGAGAAGACUCGAUCUUCACGGCGCUGGCGUCGACGCAGAUCCAGGACGGAUUCUUCCUCAAGAAAACAGCCAAUAACGACGACACGAUCGUGUAUCUAACCAACAUGACCCGAAUGAUCGAGCGCAUGUACUUGGAAACCGAUUUGGUCGCGAUUGCGCCUCGGGAUGUCUAUCCGUCCACUGUCGAAAGGCUUCGUCGACAACUCGGCAGUCGCGACCGCAUUGUCUACCAUUUAUCCUUCAGUAGCUUCCAGGAGAUCAACCAGAAAAAUGCCCGCGAUACACUGAGGGAUCUGUGGAUCAAGCAGCUGCUGUGCAUCAACGGCGUCAGCGCCGAGAAGGCCGUCCACAUUGCCAACCACUACCCGACGCCGGCACUUCUGAGAGCGGCGCUGGUCCAAAGCCAACAGCCGGCCGAGUUGCUCAGCGGACUCGGUGGAAUCGGGAGGCAGGCCAUUGGCAAAGCGCUCUCCAAGAAGAUCAGCGAUGUCUUUAUUCUCGAGCAGUACCCACGGGCGGAUCGGUGA